CCUCCACUCUGGGUCCCCUCCGCGGUCUCCGCCCCCGCCGCUCGUGGCGCUUCACUCCGGCGAGGCUCGGAGGGUCCCGGACUCCGACGGCGGCUCGGAUGCCGACUCGGAGGUGGGGCCGGGCAGCCCGACUCCGGCCGCGGAGGCACUGGAGGAGGACAUGGCCGGACCUAAUCAACUCUGCAUUCGCCGCUGGACUACCAAGCAUGUAGCUGUUUGGCUGAAGGAUGAAGGCUUCUUUGAAUAUGUGGACAUAUUAUGCAAUAAGCACCGACUUGAUGGAAUCACACUGCUAACAUUGACUGAAUAUGAUCUCCGGUCUCCUCCUCUGGAAAUCAAAGUCUUAGGGGACAUUAAAAGGUUAAUGCUUUCCGUCCGAAAAUUGCAGAAAAUACAUAUUGAUGUUUUAGAAGAGAUGGGAUAUAACAGUGACAGUCCCAUGAGUUCCAUGACCCCUUUCAUCAGUGCUCUUCAGAGCGCAGAGUGGCUCUGUAACGGGGAGCCCUCACAUGACUGUGAUGGACCCCUCAUUGAUUUGAAUUCUGAUCAGUACCAGUACAUGAAUGGUAAAAACAAACAUUCUGUUCGAAGAUUAGACCCAGAGUACUGGAAGACCAUAUUGAGCUGUAUAUAUGUUUUUAUAGUAUUCGGGUUUACAUCUUUCAUUAUGGUUAUAGUCCAUGAACGAGUGCCUGACAUGCAGACCUAUCCACCACUCCCAGAUAUAUUCUUAGACAGCGUUCCUAGAAUCCCUUGGGCCUUUGCCAUGACAGAAGUAUGUGGCAUGAUUCUGUGCUAUAUUUGGAUCCUGGUUCUUCUUCUUCAUAAACACAGGUCAAUACUUCUGCGAAGGCUCUGUAGUCUGAUGGGCACUGUAUUCUUGCUUCGCUGCUUUACCAUGUUUGUGACCUCCCUCUCCGUUCCAGGACAGCACCUACAGUGUACUGGAAAGAUAUAUGGCAGUGUUUGGGAGAAGCUACACCGGGCCUUUGCCAUUUGGAGUGGCUUCGGUAUGACUCUCACCGGUGUUCACACUUGUGGAGAUUACAUGUUCAGUGGCCACACAGUCGUCCUAACUAUGCUGAAUUUCUUUGUCACUGAAUAUACACCAAGAAGCUGGAAUUUCUUGCACACUUUAUCCUGGGUUCUCAAUCUCUUUGGAAUCUUCUUCAUUUUGGCUGCCCAUGAACAUUAUUCCAUUGAUGUGUUUAUUGCCUUUUAUAUCACAACAAGACUCUUUUUGUACUACCACACUCUAGCUAAUACUAGAGCGUAUCAGCAGAGUAGGAGAGCAAGAAUUUGGUUCCCCAUGUUUUCUUUUUUUGAAUGUAAUGUUAAUGGUACAGUACCUAAUGAAUAUUGUUGGCCAUUUUCAAAACCAGCAAUAAUGAAAAGACUAAUUGGAUGAAGACUAUCUUUGUUGUGGGUUCAUGAUUAAAUAUACAAUAAUUCUUGAAAGUGAAUAAUUUUACUCUCUCCCCCUAGGUUGUUCCUGGACGCCUUGCUUUUUGGCUUUUAUGUUGACAAAGUAAAGUUCCCAGUUCUGAGCAAGGCUGUGACUAUAGAAAGCGAGAAGGAACAAUCAAGAGUCCUUACCUGUUUGAACAGAAAGCUUAAGUAAAUGUUUUUUGCCCCUUCCCUUUAGGCAGAAGUAAUGUUGUGAUUGAAGUAAGGCUGUUUCCCUUACCUGUUGAGUAUUUGGUUAUUGAACUUAAGCAAUUUGUUGGUUGAAAACUUUUUUUUAUUUUAUAUUUCCAGUCAGACUCCAGUCAAGAAAUAAUAUUUUUUGAAGUUCCUUAUUAUCUCCAAAGGAAAAUUCCCUACCAGAUGAACAGUACUUGUUCUUUGAAUUAAUCUCUAUGUCUUUUUAAAAAUGCAAUUCUGGAAACUAAUCAGUUUUACUAACAUAAUUUUUGGCAUCUAACAUAUUUUUAAAAAGUAUAUUGAACAUAGCAGAUGCCUGCAACAAGAAGAGAAAGGGGCCGUGAGGUGACAGUACAAGUAGAGUGCUGGCAUUUUCCCCAAAGACACAGCAAGAGAUGCAGUUCCUCUUUGCUCUGAGGGGUCGAUGUGACCAUAAACUCAUGGGGGGGGGCUGCAUCCAUAAAAAUGAAAUUGGCUGAAUUUUAGUGUUGCAGGUACUGGAAGAACUUUGUGCUACAGCUGUUAGAUGACAGCUUAGUUUCAUGCUUUAUAAUGAUGUUAUUUAAUGAGCAAAACAGUGGAGUGUUUUACCAAAUGUUAGAUGAAGUUCUUAGGUCCUUAAGUAUGGAGAUAGGCAUGCAAAAAUGUUUUUUCUUCCUGAAAAGAAAUUUAUAGCAGGUUGCAAGCAUAGUAUAACUUUUUGGUUUUUGAAAUUUCUCAUUCUUGGCUAUCAGAAGUAAACAGUCACAGACAUAUUUGGGUAUGAAAGGUUUUUAUUUUUUAAACACAAUUGUGUACAUACAUUCUUUAUAUUUAGUCUUACUUUGGCAGUCAGGAAGUGAUAUAACUUAGUUGCUAUUUACAACACUAGAAAUUUAGUACCGUACGUAAUUUGACCUCUGAUGAAAUCUGUCAGUUCACUUUUGAUGAUUUUUUUAGAGUAAUUAAUGACAGGAUGGUUGUGGAAUUGGAAUUUGAACCCCAGCUGAUAAGCUGAGCCACAUAGACUAUUAAUUGUGUAGUUUUUACAUUCCAUUUUAAAACAAGGAGUUAGAAAAGUUGCUGGCAUAUUGAGGUCUAAAAUUAGGCCAGUUAGCAGGAACCUGGUCCUUAUAUGGGUGAAAUAUUUUAUUUUUGCACUUUGAGUUAUAUUCCCACCCUUGUAUAAACUACAGAGAAGCCUAAAUGGAUUGGGCAGGAAAGGAAUAAUAUGCGAACAAGUUUUAGCCAAGUGCUGAGUGGCCCCAGUUUGAGUCUGCUCUGAUUAUAUUUUUUAUUUCUCACUUGAGAAAUGGCACAAGGCGAUUUGUUUUAUUAUGCUUUUAAAUGUAAUACUUCAGAAUCUUACAGUAUCUUAAAUUGUUGAUUCUAUUACAUGCUAGGGACAAAAAUGCCAAUAUAUCAUCUAAGGAAAUUACACAAUUUUGAAGGGUGAAGGAUAUUUCCUGUGCCCGUCAGAGGAGUUUGACCUUUGACAUCAAAAGAUGUGGUACUGUCAUUUUCCCCCCAAAUGACAGUACAGGACUGAAUUUAGCUAGGGAAGGACUAAUGUUGGCUUUUGGGGAAAUGUUUGAAAAAAAUCUGUGGCAACAAUAAGUCAAGAAAGUUAAAUAGCUACUUAAUGGUAAAUUUCCUACCAUCAGUCUUCUUUCCUUCAUAUGGAUUCUAUUCUAGAACAAAAUAGAAAAAAAUAAAUUGCAACUAAUUUGCAGAGCUCUUGAAUUGACAGUGCCUAACAGCAGACUGCAGUGAGGAUUGUAAAAUAGCUUAGAGCCUUGCAUUUAUCAAAUCUGUUUUGAGGAAAAGGUAAGCUAGACUUAUAAUUUAUUGUUGUAAGUGUUACAAGGCAGUGUUUACACAAACCAAACAUCUCCAAGUCUCUUACUUGGAAAACUUUGAGACAAAAUUCCCUUCUGUUUUGUUUGUUUGUUUUUCUUAAUGUGAAACCUGUAUUUUUGUCACUUUUUGUU